AGCAGGGCCACCGUCCCCUCACCUCUCAAAGCUGUUGAGGAAGAGCGCUCUGGUCUUUGAGAGGAGCAUCCCCGCGACCAUGGUUCCUGCUAUGAGACUGCUGGCCUUCUGCUUGCUGGCUGCUGCUUGGUAUUUCACUGCAUCAGAGGGAGAGGUCAUCUACUCCUGCCACAACGAAACUGCUGAACUGAAAUGUGAGGUGGGCAGCAAGAUCAAGCUGAACCACAUCCUGUACAAGGUAGGCGUGGGCACCCGGUGUGGGGAGGGCAAGCGCCACCCAGAGGACGGCCCCGGCUCCUACUGCACGUUCCCCUGGGCGGAGUUGGUGGUGGAGGACCUGUGUGGCGGUAAGAAGUCCUGUGAGGUCCCGGUCACCGAGCACGUGUUUGGAGAAUACCCCUGCAAGGAGCAGACCCGCUACCUAGAGGUCUCCUACGACUGCAGCCCACCCCCUGUCCCCCAGGAGCCUUGACAAGUAGGCCUAUGGACAUCAUAGCUCGCCCGAGUAUGUUGAGCCCAAAAUACUGAUCAACCAUGAUGAAUCUUAAUCGCCCUUCACCUUCCUUCAUCAGUCAACAGAUUGGAUUUAGGAUUAUGUACAAAUUAUGAACUUUUAAAACGAAAACUGUUUAUAAAAGUGUAAAUCACUUUUCAUAGAAAAUGAUCUCUUCUGUCAAGUAAAGUUAAUGGUAAAUAAAAUAAAUGAUUGACAAAUGCG